AAGCUUUGUGCUACGCGGAGUAACAUUGUGCAACUUUACACUGCAGGUCCUACAAACCUGUAGACCGCUAUUGUGUCGAUCGAGGAAUAACAAACGUCUGAUCAGAUAUCUGAUAGUUCAUGUCAGCAUGCUUUAUAUUACAUUAGAGUAGUGGAGCUGUGAGCUGAAAUGAAAUGAAAACCAAAGAUACACGGAAAACAACAGGAUCCUGGAUUUGAGAUUUGACCUCGAGGAGCCAAAAAAUAUUGAGAUAUGAAACUUGGCACGAUUAUGACUCGACGGUAGCUGGGUUUGUUUUGUCGCUGCUGCUCAACUUAACUAAAGAAUGAGAACCGACGGGUCUUCAUCAGAGGGUCUUCCUCACAGGCCUUGAUAUGGAAGCUCUGGAGAGAAGGAGCUGUUUAAUGCAGUCGGUGAACUCAUGCAUGAGCAGAUGUUCAGUGCAUGUCCGGAUGUGCACAGCCGCCCUGCUUCUCUUUGUCCGGCCCCUGCAGAUGUGCCGCUGUCUCUGUCUGCUCAGCCUGACCCUCCCGCUGCUGCUCUGGUUCGCCAUCACCCGGGACGAUGUGUCUCCAGCCGCCCUGAGCUCCGGACUCCGGGGCUACCGGAGGAUCAGCCCCUUCAGGAUGGAGCAGUUCCUGGACAAGCACUGCAACCAGUGUGCCUUGGUCUCCAGCUCGGGUCAGAUGCUCGGAGCUGCUGCCGGAGAGGAGAUCGACAGAAUCGGAUGCGUGAUCCGGAUGAACAACGCUCCCACGCGCGGGUUCGAGGAGGACAUUGGGAGUCGCACCAGCGUCCGGGUCGUGUCUCACACCAGCGUUCCCCUGCUGGUCAAAAACGAGCGCUAUUACUUCCAGGAGUCUGCAGACACCGUUUACAUCUUCUGGGGUCCUGAGAGGAAUAUGAGGCAAGACGGGAAGGGACGGAUCUAUAACGUCCUCCUGAAAAUGGCCACGACGUAUCCGCAUGCCAGAAUAUACGCCGUGACCAGAGACAAGGUUCAGUACUGUGACAGCGUGUUCCAGAAUGAAACUGGAAAAAACAGAAUGAAAACGGGGGCGUUUCUCAGCACUGGGUUCUUCACAAUGAUUCUGGCUUUAGAAAUGUGCGACACCAUCCAUGUUUACGGGAUGAUCGACGACAACUACUGCAGUCGAGCCAAUCACAGCGUCGUUCCGUACCAUUACUACGAGCAAAACCGCAUCGACGAGUGCAGGAUGUACAAGGUCCACGAGCACACGAAGCGCGGCGGCCAUCGCUUCAUCACUGAGAAGGCCAUCUAUGCCAGAUGGGCGACACGCCACAAGAUGGACUUUAAACAUCCCUCUUGGAGCCUCUGAACAAAGAGAUCCGAAAACCAAGACGCUGUUCUCUGACUGCACUGUGGUAUUUAUUUCUCUGCUGGUUUUUAUUUGCUAAAGUAUUUAGUGUUGCCUCAGCAGGAACUUUAUCAGCUACUCGUGGACUUUUUAGGGUUUUUUUUUUAACCAACUCUGCACUUUUUACAGAAGAAAAGAGCCACAGUGAUACUUACUCGUAUUAUCUGCAGCCAUAGAUGUAAAAUAAUAUAUUUUGUCUCUGUGCUUAAGAUUUACCAGCACUGAUAAAGAACAUUUAGACACAUGACUAGACACUUCAACUACAACACCAAAGCUUACCAUUUUGAAUUUCUUUCUUCUUUGUGCCUUGACUUUGGUCUUAUUCUGCACAGUGAUUCAUUUUGUGCUGGAAUCUGGCCUGUGGAAUCAUAGCUGCGAUACGCACCUUUACUCUAGGAGGCGGGGAGUCGAUGUAGGGCUGCAGUUAACAUUUCAUCAUUUUAUUUUUCAUAAAUCUGACACUGAAUCUCACAGAGUCCAUUACAAAUACUAAGAAAAUGUGAAGGCAUUCAGUUUACAAUCAUAGAAAUCUAGAAAAAUGGCAAAAGCCAGAGAUGUUCUGGUAUUUUAGCUAAAAAGGUGAUUGAAACAAUCAAUCACCAAAAAAUUAGCUUUUACAGUUCUUCUCACUCGCUUUGGUACAUUUCUCAGAUCAGAAUUGAAAUUCUCAAAACUACUUGUUCAAUCUUCACAUCAUUGUGUCACUUGUUCACAUCAAAAAAGCACUUUAAAACAACCAAAACAUGCAAGAUCACAAUCCUUUAAAAGUACAAUACACAAAAAAACUAAACAAAUACAACCAUAACUUACUGAAUUAAGUUAAAAAAAAAAACCACAAAUCUAUAAAACAAAAGCAAGAAGGAAAAGAAAAAGUAAAAUCUUACAAAUCAAUCCAAAUGUACCACUUAAACUACAACACUUUAAAAAUGAGUACCGCUCUGGUUUACUUUUAUUAUUAGUUAUUGAUUUUAUUUCAGUUGGUAAUAUGUUCCAAAGUUUGCAACCUUUGACUGAAAAAGCAGAAUGUCCAAAAGUGGUUCUGCGGCGUUGAAUCCUGCACUUUCCUUCCGCUGAGCUUCUUGUUACUCUAUUAUUGUUCUGUCUUUGAAUAUAUGGAUGAAGAGGUUCAGGUGCAAGGUUAUUGAUACAUUUGAAUACUAAGUUAAGAGAGCACAAGUGUACAAAACUGUCACAACUCAGAAGAUAGUGUUUUUUUUAAAUAUAUAUAUUGCUUUGGUGCAUCCAUGCAAGUGAUUCUGUACAAUUCUCUGCUGUUUUCUACAUUAUCAACUGCUUAUGUCAUGUUGAUCAAAAUGUAUUAUAUUGGGUGUCUGUUGAAUAGUCUCACCCCCCACCAUAUUUAGGCGUUAGUUCAUCGCAGACGGCUUUACGUGCAAAACAGUUGAACAAGUUGUCAUAAUAUACCAAGGAUGGUUCUAUACAUUUCCAUUAGACUUUUUUAAAAUAAAUCUUUCCUGAAUUGGUCAAUUCCUCCCAGGUGAAUCUUGACUUUCUCUAAAGAAGGGUUGGAAUUUUCUGAAAUCACUCGAGAGAAGAUAUUCAUGAUGUAGAUGAGAAUUUGUGGCCCAACCGACAGGAACAUCAGAAAGUGUAGGAAGACUGCACAGUAAUUCCUACAGCACUGCAUGUACAGUUUUCCCUAAGGACAUUGUCCUAUGUUCACAUUUCUACUUUAGUUUUUUUUUCCUGUGCUAUGCAGUGCUGUUUUGAUUUCUGUAUCGCAAUGAUGGGAUCUGUCAACAAAUUACAGUACAAACAGUAAAAGCGUAAAUAUGAAUCUUGUCCAGGCUCUUGCAGUCGAUCUCCCACAUACACUAAGGUGGAACUUUACAGUUUACAAUACUUGUCAUCAAAAUUUUAGCCAUAGUAUACAUCAGAACAUCCCUACAGUUAUAAUGACAACAUGACUAAGCAUUUUGACUGUCUUAUCCAUACACAAUGACACAAGGACUAGUUAUUCUGACGGCACUGACAUGUUCAUUGACACAGAUAUUUACUUUUGAGAGAUGAACUAAAGAUUUUGAGCAAGAGACUGGCUUUUGCAGGUAAUUCACGGUGUUUUUCAUAUUUGUAUGAAUUGUUUUGGGAAACGCACUGACUGUUUUGCAAAUGUUGAGGGUGAUUCGAGAAAUGAGGAAAACUGUAAGUUAGCUGUUUCUCCUUUCCUCCUUUCCUGUGGAGGCUGAGCACCGUGAAACCCCGUUAAAUUGACACUGAACAGGCAUCUCAGUUUAAAUCGAAAAUUAUUCCCAAAGUUGUCUCCCUCUUAGAUUUUGCUGCCUUUUUACACUCAGAAGCGUGGCACUGCCUUUUCAGUUGCUUCUUGUGAGAGGAAUUCCAAAGACUGUAACAGUAUUUGCACUACUGAGCAAGUAUUUUACUAUAGUGUACAUUGAGAAUAUGAUUUGUUUGAAUUAAAGGUGUAUUCUUGAUGUUUUAGUAACCAUACUGCAUGUCAUGAAAUCUGCAAAGUUAAAACUUGAAUGUAAAUGUGAAUACUGCUCACUGCUGGAGUGAGAUACGUGUCAACAUGAAUAAAUCUGCUGUCAAACA